AUGGCUCCCAGAACUCGUGAACAAUGGGUCGCAGACCAGACCAGACCGAUGCCCGCUGUCGUCACGGCCGACCUGAGUGGGAAGACACUCGUCCUCAUUGGUGCCAAUGCUGGACUAGGAUUCGAAGCUGCGAAGCAUUUCGCUAGGAUGAACCCCACACGAUUGGUUUUAACGGCAAGGGAUGAAGCGAAGGGAAAGGACGCUCUUGCCCGCGUUCAGAAAGAGACCGGCUACACAAAAGCGGAGCUAUGGAUCAUCGAUGUCGCCAAUUUCAGCAGCGUCAUCGCGUUUGCUGAUAGGGCUGAACGUGAACUCGAUCGAUUGGAUAUCCUCGUAGAGAAUGCUGGUAUGGCGACUUGGGAGUACGAACAAGUGGAGGGUUGGGAGAGAACGUUGCACACGAACAACCUCGGUCCAGGUCUACUCGCCAUCCGUAUGAUUCCCAAGAUGCUCGAGACAGCUCGCAAGCACUCCGUCGUCCCGAGAUUGGUCAUCGUCGCGAGCGAUGUGCAUUAUUGGACGACGAUAGAGAAGGACGUUAUCGCCUCACCGAGGAUACUCGCGAAGUUGUCAGACAAAGAGUAUUGUACAAAAGAGGUCAUGGAUCACCGAUACUUUGACUCCAAACUGUUCAAUGUCCUAUUUGCUCGAUCCCUGCAACUCCACGUCCCAUCUUCCCCAGCAAUAACCGUGAACUCCGUUAACCCCGGAUUCUGUUUCUCGGGCCUCCGAACUAGUAUCCCUGCCGAGGAGGCGGAAACUAUGCGGAAGGAGGAGGAAGAACUUUGCUUCACCACCGAAGAAGGGAGCCGGCAACUCGUUUAUGGUGCUGUCGGGUCGCUAGAUGACGAAGAGAAACUUCGUGGCAAGUACAUCCAGAUGUCCGAGGUCGUCGAGGAGAGUGAUUUCGUGAUCAGCGAAGAUGGAAAGAUUGUGCAGGACAAAGUCUGGGCGGAGAUGCUGGACAUUUUGGGUAAAAUCGAUCCCAAGGUCUCCGAAGUAGCGAACUCGUGUCUGAAGAAGAUUUGA